AUGGUUCGUGAAAUAGUGCACAUCCAAGCUGGACAGUGUGGUAACCAAAUCGGUACAAAGUUCUGGGAAGUUGUUUCAGAUGAACAUGGAGUGGACCCAACUGGAAAAUACUAUGGAGAUUCAGAUCUUCAACUUGAAAAUAUCAACGUAUAUUUCAAUGAAGCUAUAAACACUAGAUAUGUUCCUCGUGCCGUUCUUGUAGAUAUGGAACCAGGAACGAUGGAUUCAGUCCGAGCAGGUCAAUACGGACAGCUAUUUCGUCCUGACAACUUCAUUUUCGGUCAAUCAGGUGCAGGAAACAAUUGGGCCAAAGGAUAUUACACAGAAGGACAGGAACUUUGUGAUCAAAUCAUCGAUAUCAUCAGAAAAGAAGCCGAAUCAUGCGAAUGUUUACAAGGGUUUCAGCUUGUUCAUUCUUUAGGAGGUGGAACAGGUUCUGGACUUGGAACACUAUUAUUAAAUAAAUUACGAGAAGAAUAUCCAGAUAGAAUUUUAA